CUAGAGUGUGAUACGCUGGUUCAUAUUGAUCUGUCAAAACAAAGUGUAUCAGUUAACAUCAUCGUGUUAAGUGAUGAACAUGAGCCAUAAAAAGUCCUUACACACUUUUGUGAAGUCUUGGACGGUCAUUAGAGUGUGUGAGUAUGUAGGCAUAAGGACUUUCCACUAAUGUGCGAAUAUUGUCGGCUGGAGUUAAUGUGUAUGCGUGUGUGUGUGUGUGUGUGUUGUGUUUGGGGGGGUGUAUUUGCUAAGAAGGGGUGUGUGGGUGUGGGUGAAAGUGUGUCCCCUCUGUUAUUGGCUCCAGGUCUCCAGUCGCAUUAUGCGUCUCAUUGUGUCUUUGUGGGUGAGAGGCCUAUAAAAAGCCGGGCUGUAGGGAUUCGGUCAAACCAGAGAGCUUUCACUGACACACACUCACGUAGACAGAAGAGAGGACGGGGUGUGUGUGCGUUCCAGUUCUGCUACCCCAAAGUGUUCUACUGUUCAGGUUUGCCGAGUCGAGUGCUGUUCAAGAGGUGUUUGAGUUCAGGACGUUGGUCUUUGCUUCACUUGCGAAAGACGUUUUGGGAAGACAAUUUGACCACCGGGAUAUUCGCGUCUUUUUGUCAGCCGUCUCCAGUGUUCCGAUCUGCUGAGAUGGAUUCCGACACCGGCUCCACCUGCAGUCGCUCCUCGUCGCCAGACCUCGUCGUCGUCGACUCCGGCUUCUUCUCCAGCAAGAUGUUCCAGCAAGCCGAGAAAGCCUCCGAUGGAUCUCCGGCUUCUGGAGAGAAAAGCCGGAACCGUCCGGAGGUCUCCAAAGAAGACCUUCAGGAGCUGCGUCUCAAGGUGAACAGCCGUGAGCGGAAACGCAUGCACGACCUCAACCAAGCCAUGGACGGCCUCCGCGAAGUCAUGCCGUACGCCCAAGGCCCCUCGGUGCGCAAGCUCUCCAAGAUCUCCACCCUCCUGCUGGCACGCAACUACAUCCUCAUGCUCUCCAGCUCCUUGGAGGAGAUGAAGAAGCUCGUGGGCGAGGUUUACGGGUCCAGCGUGGCUCAAAACCAUGCCCCGAGACCCGUCUUAGCUCCAUCUCAGCUUCCCCUGCAUCCUCUGGCCCAGUCCUUGCACUCUUUGGCAGGCGGAGCUGCGGCCGUGAGCUCCACCCCCCUUCAGCACACCAGCACGCACAUGGCUACAGCUCAAGCUCCCCAUUCUCCUCCAUCAGCGGGAUAUCUGGGCUUCCACGCGCCACCAAUUCCAAGCUUACUGAAGGACCCGCUGCAUUUGGCCAGCUCAUACAGGCACUUCCCCGGCAUGCCGUGUCCGUGCGCCCUGUGCCAACCUUUACCAGCGUCCACAGCCAGCCUGCCCGGCCUUUCCAUGAGCAAGUGAACCAGAAAA